AUGCUGCAGAGCCUGCCAGCUGCAGCCCUGCCAACCACCACUCCCCCCACCUCCUCCAGGGCUGGGUUUUUCUAGCCGGAGCCCCGCUCCCUCUACUGCAAGCUCUGGAAAUUGGUGUCUGACGCGGCUGCUUCUGCACGUUAUUUAUUUCCUCUCUUCUUCCCGCCGAGACGACCCUCCGGUCAGGAAAGCCGCAGCUGGGACGCAGCAGGGGCUGCAGAGGCAGGGAGCACGGAGGGCAGGACCACUCGGCAGCCCCUGGUCCGUUCCAAGGGGGCCAUGAGCAUCAGGCCGGAGGCCCCACGGGAGGAGGGCGACGCUGGGGACAGGGGCCGGGAGGCAGAGCUUCGGGGCCGAGCCCGGCUGAGCCAGCAGCGCCGGCUCAGACAGGCCACCCAGUUCCUGCACAAGGACUCGGCUGACCUGCUGCCCCUGGACGGCCUCAAGAGGCUCGGCACCUCCAAGGACUGGCAGCCACACAGUGUGAUCCAGAGACGCCUGGUGGUGGAGGGGAGCCCGGGCCGGCCUCAGGGGGAGCCUCCCCGGGCACAGGCCCCGAUCCACGGCCAGGAGAGCAGGACGAAGACCAGCAAGCCCGAGAGGCCAGCACUUCUGGUCAACUGCAAGUGCAGGGACCAGGAGCUUCAGGUGGCGGUGGACACGGGCACCCAGUACAAUCAGAUCUCCACUGGAUGUCUCAGCCGCCUGGGGUUAGGGAAGAGGGUCCUAAAAGCCCCAGGUGGGGACCUGCACCCGGGGCCCCCAGCCCUGGUGGAGCAGCUGGAGCUACAGCUGGGCCAGGAGACUGUGGAGUGUUCAGCUCAGGUGGUAGAUGUGGAGAGUCCUGAACUCUGCCUUGGCCUGCAGACCCUGCUUUCUCUCCAGUGCUGCAUCGACCUGGAGCAUCAUGUGCUGCGGCUGAAAGCCCCGUUCUCAGAGUUGCCCUUCCUGCCUUUGCACCAAGAGCCGGGCCAGUGA